CACACACUCGCGCGCACGCACUGACACGCACGCUGGCACACACAGACACGCAAUCGGAGUCAGUUUGGCGUGUAUGUAUGCGUCUCGUUGCGCCCGUUAUUGGUUUCGGUUUCAUUUUCGUCUGCUUGUUCGUUUUCGCUUUCGCUUGCGCCUUUUGUCUUGUUGCUGUUGCCUUUGCCGUUGUUCUUGCUGUUGCCUUUGCCUGUUCGGUUUGCUAAGCUCCCACUGGGUGGCGCCACCAAUUAAAAUAUUUUGCACAAUUUAAACAAACACAAAAUAAAUCCGACAAGCUAAAAAAAAAAAAUAAUACACACCAAACGUUUGAAAGUUGUGCACAGCACUUUAAUAAAGUUCGGCACACGUAACGCCCAGCAAAAAGAUAACACACGCACAGAUCAAAAAAUAAAAACAGUGGGUGGAUGGGCGCGUUUAGAUUUUCAUUAAGCAGAUUUGGCCUUUUCCGCUGUGGGUCAGCAAAGUUUUUACGUUUUUGUUUUUCUUCUCUAGUUUUUAAUAAGCCAAAAACCGGGGGCGCAACUAGAAGGUGAGCUGCGGAAAAGUUCUAUCCCGAAUUCAAUUACUCAACGGGAGAUCCUCUACCACCUUUUCACAGAAUGCAAGUUCAAAUUUACAAAAAAAAAAAAAAAUUAAAAAUUCUAGAAAAUUCUGUAGUGGCGCCACCUAUAUAGAAUGUUAUUUCAGCUUUAUACCAACAUAUGCAAUUAUUCUGCACACUUACUGCGUUGUAAUACUCCAAAAAUAACAUAUAUGUAUAAUAUAUUAAGUGCAAGCUCAGUCCGAUAUACCCAACGGCACGAACAGGGUAUGCUUCGAAGAAUUGCUCUCUUCAGCAGAAGGCGCUCCCAUGAUCUCCGAAAAUAGACGAAUAUGUAGACUAGACCAACUGAAGAAGGAACUCGCUCAGUAGUCAGCUGCUAUUAGAAUGGAUCUGUUGUUUCUCAGCCGGCGAAUUUUCCUGGGCGAUGGCAGCGAGAAUGCCCUGAUCCAUGGCGGCAUCAUCGUGGACACAGAGGGCAUUAUACGCAGGGAAUACCCCAUACUUAGUGCUACGUUCACCGCAGGAGGUCAACACCUAUUUGUACAACACAGAAUCCGAAUCGGUUUACGAUUUCGGGGACCUGGUACUGAUGCCGGGUCUGAUUGAUCCCAAUGUCCAUAUCAACGAGCCGGGUCGCAAGGACUGGGAGGGUUUUGCAACUGCCACCAAGGCGGCGGCGGCGGGUGGUUUCACCACAAUCAUCGACCGACCCACCAACGCCCAACCACCCACCGUUAGCGUGGCCCAUCUCAAGGCCAAAACGUCGACGGCCCGUGGAAAGAUCUACGUGGACGUGGGUUUCUGGGGCGGACUAGUGCCCGGAAACGGGGAUCAGCUGGCUCCUCUUUUGGGUGCCGGUGUCAUGGGUCUGCAGUGCACAUUGUGCGAUCCCGCGGCGCCCGUCUCUCAGGAAUUUCCCGCCGUAAACGAAUCUCAGCUGGAGGAGGCUCUUUCCCAGUUGGAAAAGGAGCAGGCUGAAGGGGAAGCAGUCGUAGCGGUGCAUGCUGAGCUGCCGCUGACCACAGAAAUCCAUCCCGACGAGGAGGCGCCCCGGGAGUAUGGCACUUUCCUGGUGACCCGCCCAGCCCAAAUGGAGAUCUCCGCGACGCAGUUGCUCUGCCGGCUGGCGGUUCGCCACCCGCGGCGCUGCAUACACAUCCUCAACUGCAGCAGCGGCGAAAGUCUGCCGCUGGUGGAGGAGUGUCGCCGGCAGGGCGGGAAUCUAACGGUGGACACCUGUCCGCAUUACCUGGCCCUGGCGGCCGAGGAUGUGCCCGAUUGCGGCACAGAGUUCAAAACCUGGCCACCAAUUCGAGAGCGUCGCAAUCAGGAGCGAUUGUGGCAGGCUCUGAGGCUGGGCGGAGCCAUCCGGAUGAUUGGCAGCGAUCACUCGCCGGCGACGCCGGGCGCACGUGCUCUCACCUGCGGAAGGGGGCGUGGCAACUUCCUGAAGGCGUGGCCGGGCAUCAACUCGCUGCAACUCAGCCUGCCGGUCGUUUGGACAGCGGCCAAUCGGCGAGGACCCUCCAACCUGACCAUCGCGGACAUCCAUCGUCUGAUGUGCCAGGAGCCGGCGAAUCUGUGCGGCUUGUCCGCCUCGAAGGGCCGCAUUGCCGAGGGCUACGAUGCCGACUUCUGUGUGUGGAGUCCCGACGAGGAGUUCACCGUGGGCCCGGAGCUGCUCUACACGGCAACGAAGGCCACACCGUACGCGGGUCAAAGGUUGCGGGGCGUGGUGCAUGCCACGGUGGUGCGGGGCCUGCAUGUCUACCAGCAGUUCGAGGGCUUUGGCCAGCCCCUGGGCAAGGUGCUGCUCCGGAGGAGCACUCGAAAGCUGGUCAAGUUCGUGAGCAUGUGAGGGAUGAGGUGGCAGGGUUGGCAGGGAUUGGGAUGAAGUUGACGGAAGUAGUUGGUGGAUGGGAGGUAAACUUUGUUAAUUAAAAUCAUUAAGAGAUUGGGCUGUGUUCGUUGAUAUUCCGUCGUCACCUUCCCAUCUUAAGGAUACUCUAUCCCCGGGGUAUAGCUCUUUUCUGGCAAAUGAUUAAAAAAUUAGCACUGCAUCUUUGGAUUGGGCUUCAUUUCAUCCGCCCACCAUGCAAUUAAUUGAAGAGGUUUCACAUUAGACUUUAUAAAUACCAAUAAUUGUGGGCUUAAAAACAUAAUAAGUGGCUUGCAAAUCCCUUGAAUUUUCAUCUCGUAAUAAGCGCCGGCAAUUUGCACAAUAAAUGUUAUUCUAAUAAUAGCGAAAUAGCUCGUUUUUAUGUCGCAAACAAGGGCUUAUCAGAUUAAAAGGAAAAGGUAUCAACAUGUUGACAAUCUGUUGAUAUGUUCAGUGUCAUUUUCCCGUUUUUCCCCCUUUUUUUUCUUU